ACAAACUUACUCCAAAUUUUGUUCUUCCUUAAAACGGUGAUGCUUAUUAGGUUUUUAGAGUCCUCCUUGUGCCCAUGCUAAUUAAUUAUUAAACUAUUUACCUUUUCUUUUCCAAUUUUUCUAUGUGGAAGUUUAUAACUUCUUUUCCGAUUUUCCUAACUCGUCAAUAAAAAUCCUAUAUACCAAAUUAUUAUAAUUGCUGCAACUGUUACUAAUAGGAAUGAGAAGAGAUGGAGAGUAUACGAAAGAAGAAAGAAGACUAAUUAGCUUUAAUGACCUAACUGUUAUAAACAGUUAGGGAAGGGCGGGAAAAGUUGUUGUAUAAAUAGUUGUUUGUAUAGUUGGAGGGGGACUUUUGGAAUGUUGUUAGUUAACAGGCCUUAGACUUAUGAAGGGGUUUAUGCCUCUGUAUCUUGAUUGUACAGACUAUUCUUCUGUGAAUAAUACCAGAUUCUUUUCAUUAUGCUUGGUGUCUUUGUUGUGAGAGGUUGAGAGGGAGUUCUUGAUUAGGUUUCGAGUUCAGAAACCUAUCAAUUUGGUCCGACCUGCCGGAUCUCAUUUGGAGAAGGGAAAAUUGCGCGUGAUGGAGCGUAGAGUGGUGGCGGUAGAAGGUCAGUUGGAGGCUGUAGAAAUUGCGAUAGCGGAGACGAAGGCGGACACGGUGGCUCUGCGACAGGAAACAGGGGCUUUGAGACAGGAUACGACAGCGAUGUGCCAGGAUAUUCAAGCGAUUUUGAGAAUGCUGGAAGAUCGUAAUCACCACCAGAACAACCGACACUAGGAUGGAAGUCAAUCGUCGGUGAAUGAGAACGAGGGUAGACGCGACAAAGAGAGGGAAAGAGGAGGAGAAGGGAAUCAAGAAGGACAGUCUAACUAGAGGAAACGGGUGGAGUUACCCGUGUUUGAAGGAGGCGAUCCAUUGAAUUGGAUCAGUAGGGCGGAAAUUUUUUUCGAAGUUCAGAGAGUGGCCGAAGAAGAAAAAUUGCAGUUGGUUUUGGAGAGAGAAAACUAAGAAAAAUUCUUGGGAAGGCUUGAAGAGAGCGAUGGUGAUAAGGUUCGUAGGGGGAACUCGAGGAUCGGUUUAUGAGAGGAUAGCGACCAUUAAACAGGUGGGGCCGGUGGACGAUUACAUUCGGGAUUUUGAAGUUUUGGUGGGACAGACGACCAAGAUUCCCGAAGAACAACUUCUGGGUUACUUCAUGGCGGGUCUCCAGGAAGAGGUGUGCAACCACAUGAGGCCGCAUGAUCCGCAAGACUUGAUGACAGCCAUGCGAGUCGCGCGAGACGUGGAGAAGCUGUGUACCCACUCGAAGAUCGGAGGCGGACUGACGACCAAGAAUCAGAGUUCUUGGGGGAGGACGACAGGGGUAGUAGCGUGAGUCGAACCCAGUCGCGAUUCGCAGGGCCGAGGAGGGGUAGCGGAGAGCGUCAGGUCAGUAAAGAGGGAGGCGACCCAAGGAAACGGAACAGCGAGGCCCAAUGGCGACGGGAGGGGGAGAAAUAUCCGAAACUUACCUUACUCGAAGUUCGUGAAGAGAAGAGAGAAGGGAAGAUGUUUCCGGUGUGGUGGGCCAUUUAGUCCUGGCCAUCAAUGCCCAGAGAGGGGAUUACGAAUGCUGAUAUUGGCCGAAGAAGAGGAGGAGGAAGGGGGCGAGACGGAAACUGAGCUGAAUCACACCCAGAUGGAGCUGUCGGCGUUUUUCGCCGGAGGCUUAUCAUCACCAAAAACAAUGAAGUUGCGGGGGUGUAUAUGGGACCGUGAAGUGCUGAUCCUCAUCGAUAGUGGCGGUAGCCACAAUUUCAUCAGUCAAGGAUUGGUGGAGGAAAUGGGAUUGGCCGUGAUGGAUACCCCAUCGUACCUAGUAAGUUUGGGAGAUGACCAGAAGAAGAAGACCAGGGGUUGCUGUGAGCGAGUGAUGAUAGAGAUAGGGGAGACAGAAGUUGCUGAAAGAUUCUACUUGUUCGAACUAGGGGGAGUGGAUGUGAUCCUAGGAGUGGAGUGGUUGGAGAAAUUGGGGGAAGUAACGCUAGACUGGGGCAAACUAACUAUGGUGUAUCAUCAAGGGGGAAGGAAGAUAAUGGUAAAAGGAGACCCAACGUUGGAAAGAAAGAUGGUGGAACCAAGGGCUUUAUUAAAAAUGAACGAAGUAGAGGCAUGGCUGCUGGUAUGGGAGUUGGGUUCGCUAGAGAAGAAGGAGGAAAUUAAAGACUGCCAGGGGUUAACGGAGGAACAAAGUUGGGAGAUGGAGAAAUUAUUGAGCCAGUACAGAGGGGUAUUCACUGAACCAGCUGGGCUACCUCCUGACCGUGGUAUGGUGCACCACAUACCUCUCAAGGAGGGGAUUGAUCCCAUCAAUGUUCGACCUUACCGGUACCUGCACGUGAUGAAGGGAGAAAUAGAGCAGCAAGUAGUUGAAAUGCUCCGAACAGGGGUUAUCCGACCCUGCCAUAGGCCUUACUCGAGUCCCGUUAUUCUAGUGAAGAAAAAAGAUGGCAGCUGGCGAUUCUACAUCGACUAUAGAGCGUUGAAUCGUGCCACAGUGCCGGAUAAGUUUCCGAUACCAGUAAUUGAGGAGUUGUUGGAUGAGUUGAGGGGGGCUUGCUACUUCUCUAAGAUUGACUUGAAGGCGGGUUACCAUCAGAUCCGCAUGGGGGAGAAAGACAUAGAGAAGACCGCUUUUAGAACUCAUCAGGGUCACUACGAGUUCAUGGUGAUGCCAUUUGGCCUCACCAACGCCCCUGCCACGUUCCAAAGUGCCAUGAACUGCCUCUUCUAGCCCUACUUAAGGAAGUUUGUUUUGGUAUUUUUUGAUGAUAUAUUGGUUUAUAGUCAAUCAUGGAUGGAACAUCUCAAGCAUGUUAGGAGUGUCCUCUCAACGUUGGAGCAAAAUCAAUGGGUGGCAAAUAGGAGGAAAUGCGAGUUUGGAUAGACUCAGAUUAAGUAUUUCGGGCAUGCUAUAUCCAACCAAGGGGUAGAGAUGGACCCCGAGAAGGUGAAAGUUGUUCUAGACUGGGAAAGGCCAAAAACAGUCAAAGGAUUAAGGGGUUUCGUAGGGUUGACUGGUUACUAUAGGAGAUUUAUCAAGAACUAUGGGAAGAUUGCCAAGCCCUUGACAGAGCUAUUGAAGAAAGGAGGGUUCUCUUGGAAUGAGAAAGCAGAGUCUUACAGAAAUUGAAGAGAGCCAUUACAACAACUCUAGUGCUGUCUUUACCAGAUUUCCAACAACCCUUUCACAUAGAGUGUGAUGCUUUUGGCAGUGGAAUGGGAGCAAUACUGACUCAGGGGAAGAAACCGAUUGCCUUCUUUAGUAAGGCUCUGUCUGGAGGAACGCUGAACAAGUCCAUCUAUGAGAAAGAAUUGAUGGCCUUGGUGUUGGCCAGACAACAUUGGAGGCCUUACUUAUUGGGGCAGAGAUUCGUAGUUCAUACCGAUCAAAGGAUCCUCCGGUACUUGUUAGAACAACGUAUAACUACUCAAAAUCAACAAAAUUGGAUUGCAAAGUUGUUGGGGGUAUGAUUUUGAGAUAGUUUACAAAGCAGGGGUUACAAAUAAAGCAGCAGACGCACUGUCUAGGAGGAAUGAGGGGGAUAUUGAGGAAGAGAAAGAAUUGCGUGUGGUGGCCAGGCCCUACUGGCAAGAUUUUGGGGAAAUUAUGAAGUGGAGGAGGAUGAGGCUUUGAAAAGGGUGAUGGAGGAUAUUAGACGUGACCCGAAUACCCAUCCAGCCUAUACCUUGGAGCAGGAGAGAUUGCACUACAAGGGCAGGCUGGUGCUGUCAGCUCAAUCUCCCUGGAUUCACAAGCUGAUAGCAGAAUUUCAUGUGACGUAGAUGGGUGGACAUUCAGGGGUGUACAGGACGUACAGGAGGGUAGCCCAAUCAUUGUAUUGGAUCAACAUAAAGAAAGAUGUGACCGAAUUUGUUGCCAGCUGUCUUGUAUGCCAGCAACACAAAUAUUUGUCCUCAUGUCCUCAAGGACUGUUGCAACUGCUGCCAAUUCCAAACGCUGUUUGGGAAGAGUUAAGCAUGGAUUUUAUAGUUAGGCUACUCAAAUUGUAGGGGUAUGAUGCUAUUUUGGUUGUAGUAGAUUGCCUUAGUAAAUAUGGCCAUUUCCUGCCACUUAAGCACCCCUAUUCGGCCAGAACUGUUGCAGAAAUAUUUGUCAAGGAAAUUGUCAGGCUGCAUGGAAUUCCUCAGUCCAUUGUGAGUGACAGGGACCCUUUAUUUCUAAGUAUUUUCUGGAAGGAGUUGUUCAAGGGGCAAGGUAGUCAAUUGAAGAUGAGCACCGCAUAUCAUCCGGAAUCCGAUGGGCAAACAGAGGUAUUAAAUCGAGUGUCGGAAGGAUAUCUUAGAUGUUUCUGUUCUGAACAACCGAGAGGAUGGAUGACAGUUUUACCUUGGGCUGAGUAUUGGUACAAUACCAGCUAUCAAGGAGCCAUAAGGUGUACUCCUUUUGAGACUGUUUAUGGGAGACCACCUCUUUCAAUGCAUAGAUUUAUACCUGGAGAAUCAUUAGUAGAAGCGGUGAGCCAAGAGCUCCAAACCAGGGAAUAGGCGUUGAGACAGUUGAAGUUUCAUUUGGAGCGGGCUCAGGAGUUGAUGGUGAAAUAGGCAAACAAGAGAAGGAAACCCACAAAUGUGAAGGUUGAGGAUUGGGUCUACUUGAAGAUAAGGCCACACAGGCAAUCUUCAAUGACCACCAGGCUUCACCCGAAGUUGGCAGUUAGAUACUUUGGACCAUUCCAGAUUAUUCAGAAAGUGGGAGAGGUAGCCUACAAGCUUCAGUUGCCGGAGACAACACGCAUACAUCAAGUCUUUCAUGUAUCGCAACUGAAGAAGGCGAUAGGAGAGCAGAGGGUGGAGAAGGAGUUGCCACAAGACCUGCAGGCCGAGGGGCCUUCAAUCUGGCCAGUUCGAAUUCUGGGAAGACGGCAAACCCAAAAAGGAGAAGAAAUGGUGCCACAGUUGUUAAUAGAAUGGCAGGAAGGAGGGCAGGAUGGAGGGCAGGAUGGGGCAACAUGGGAGGAUGAAGUUACUAUCAGGGAACAAUACCCUGAUUUCAACCUUGGACACAAGGUUGAGCUUCAGGCGGAGGGUAAUGAUAGGAAUGAGAAGAGAUGGAGAGUAUACGAAAGAAGAAAGAAGACUAAUUAGCUUUAAUGACUUAACUAUUUAUAAGAGUUAGGGAAGGGCGGGAAAAGUAGUUGUAUAAAUAGUUGUUUGUAUAGUUGGAGGGGGACUUUUGGAACGUUGUUUGUUAAUAGGCCUUAGACCUGUGAAGGGGAUUAUGCCCCUGUAUCUUGAUUGUACAGACUAUUCUUCUGUGAAUAAUACCAGAUUCUUUUCAUUCU